CUGCCUUUGUUCCGCCAAGGGUUAACCUGGAUUGUGUCUGUCACCCAGUUGCCCGGAUGCUGAUGUAAGGGGAGAGCUCGAGAGAUCCCUUCAGAUUGCAGUGAGAGGAGGCGAAGGACCAGCCUGGGAGAAGAGCCUCGCCAGGAACAUCCUUCAUCCACAGCAUCGUCUGGACCAGCUGAAUGAUGCUGGUACCCGGGCUGUAGCAUUCUUCCUUCUUCUCUACCCUCCCUUUCCUGAUGCCGAGAGCAUCUCCCUCCUGCUAAACCCAUCAGGAUGCCGGCCUCGGUAUUGUCCCUAUAGGGGGGCACUGGGGGGGCCUUGCCUCGCCUUGCUGUACCCCUUCCCAUCCCACCACCCCCUGUUUCUGAUUGUUGCUCAGAAGGGCGACAGACAAAAGCCAUGUCCGGUGGCAAAGAAGCAGGUGGGGUCCACCCUUACCAGUCGCAACAGAGCCAGCAACAUGCUCAGUAUGUGGGGCCCUAUCGGCUGGAGAAGACUCUGGGGAAAGGGCAGACCGGUCUGGUGAAGCUGGGCGUACACUGCAUCACAGGGCAGAAAGUUGCCAUUAAGAUAGUGAACCGAGAAAAGCUUUCUGAGUCUGUACUGAUGAAGGUGGAACGGGAAAUUGCCAUUCUGAAGCUGAUUGAACACCCUCACGUACUCAAACUUCAUGAUGUCUACGAGAACAAAAAAUACUUGUACCUCGUCUUGGAACAUGUCUCAGGAGGUGAACUUUUCGAUUACUUGGUGAAGAAAGGGCGCCUGACCCCCAAGGAAGCUAGGAAGUUUUUCCGACAAAUUGUCUCGGCUUUGGAUUUCUGCCACAGCUAUUCUAUAUGCCACCGAGACUUGAAACCUGAGAAUUUAUUGCUGGAUGAGAAGAACAACAUUCGGAUUGCAGAUUUCGGCAUGGCCUCCCUGCAGGUCGGAGAUAGCCUGCUGGAAACAAGUUGUGGUUCUCCUCACUAUGCAUGUCCAGAGGUGAUCAAGGGUGAGAAGUAUGAUGGACGUCGCGCGGACAUGUGGAGUUGUGGUGUCAUCCUCUUCGCCCUCCUGGUGGGGGCGCUACCCUUUGAUGAUGACAACCUACGGCAGCUUUUGGAAAAAGUGAAACGUGGGAUUUUUCACAUGCCCCAUUUCAUUCCGCCAGACUGUCAGAAUCUCCUGCGGGGCAUGAUUGAGGUGGAGCCAGAGAAACGCCUCAGUCUGGAACAGAUUCAGAAACACCCGUGGUUCUUGGGAGGGAAGAAUGAACCAGAACCAGAACAACCAAUCCCUCGGAAGGUAGCGAUCCGACGGAUUCAGUCAGUCAGUGAGCUGGACCCUGAUGUGUUGGAUAGCAUGCACUCGUUGGGAUGUUUCCGUGAUAAGAACAAGCUAAAGCAAGAGUUGCAAAAUGAAGGAGAAAAUCAGGAGAAAAUGAUUUAUUACCUUCUGCUUGACCGCAAAGAGAGAUAUCCCAGCUGUGAGGAUGAGGACCUGCCGCCACGCAAUGAUGUUGACCCUCCUCGGAAGCGAGUUGACUCCCCUAUGCUGAACAGACAUGGCAAACGCCGACCUGAGCGGAAGUCCAUGGAAGUGUUGAGUGUCACAGAUGGUGGUUCUCCAGUCCCAGCCCGACGGGCCAUAGAGAUGGCACAACAUAGUCAGAGGUCUCGAUCUGUAAGUGGUGCCUCCACUGGCUUAUCUUCUAGUCCCCUCAGUAGCCCCAGGAGCCCCAUCUUCAGCUUCUCUCUCCCAUCACCUCCCCCUGCCCCUGUGAAGACUCAGACGCUUCCUGCCAAGGGCAGCCCAGCAAGGGAGGGGGCCCUCCAGAGUCGAUGUUCCACCCCCUUCCCUCUGCCUCCCAACUCUCCACCCCCUCACCCACCCUCCUCUCCCCAUUGCUUUUUCCCCUCUACUAAACCCCCACCCAAAUCUGUGCUGCAGGUCACUCCCCACCCCUCCCCUCGGGGAAGCCCCCUCCCCACUCCGCUCGGCACUCCUGUGCACACGCCUAAAGAGAGCCCCAGCGGCACUCCGUGCGGGACGCCCCCAAGCAGUCCUGGUGUGGCCGGCGUGGCAUGGAAAACCCGCUUGAACUCUAUCAAGAACAGCUUCCUUGGUUCCCCACGCUUCCAUCGUCGGAAACUGCAAGUUCCCACACCAGAAGAAAUGUCUAGUCUUACACCAGAAUCAUCCCCAGAGCUUGCCAAGAAAUCCUGGUUUGGAAAUUUUAUCAACUUAGACAAAGAGGAACAAAUUUUUGUGGUCAUCAAAGACAAACCCCUGAGUUCCAUCAAGGCAGAUAUUGUACACGCCUUCCUCUCAAUCCCCAGCCUGAGUCACAGCGUUAUAUCCCAAACAAGCUUUCGGGCUGAAUAUAAAUCAUCGGGUGGCCCCUCCGUCUUCCAAAAACCUGUCAAGUUCCAAGUUGACAUCAGCUACUCCGAGGGGGGAGAGGCACACAAGGACAGUGGGAUCUACUCAGUCACCUUCACUCUCAUCUCAGGUCCCAGCCGUCGGUUUAAGCGGGUUGUGGAAACGAUUCAGGCACAACUACUCAGCACACAUGACCAGCCUUCCGUGCAAGCCCUUGCAGACGAAAAGAAUGGGCAGCAGCUCCGUUUCCCAGGCACCCCAACCCGCAGCUGCCAGCCGUCUCGCCGCUCUGAAUCAGACAUCCCAACUGAACAACAUCGACAUGGCUCCAAGGACAAGAAGCUUGUCUCCUCUAACGGGACUCAAGUCCAGCAACCACAAACUCCGUCCCCACAGCAGCCAUGACAUAUGGAGCAGGAGAGCAGUACAUGGGUGGCUGGGGGGGAAAAAGCAGCUGAAAGAAGCCACCUCCAGCCCCCUGGAAAUAACUAAAGCCACCCCUAAUGGACAGGAGGAGCCAACCAGCCCCAUCGAUGGGUCAAGGCCCACCAGGGACGCAAGGGACAGGGUGGGAAGAUGGAGAUUGGUCCAGAUUUAAUGACCCCAACUCACCCUGGGGCAAAAAGGGGCCAUGUUGGGAGAGGCCCAUACUGUGAACUUGUAAAUAGCUAACGAAGAACAGAAAACAGAACAAAUCCACAAAAGAACAAGAGGUGGGCGGGAAAACACAACAUGGAACCGAAAACAAAGACAAUGGACUGAAGGGGAAAAAACGGAAAACACACAUGAGGAGAGAAACCGGGCAGGAGCCGGUGGGGGUGAGGGAUUUAAUCUGAUUCCUUUAGUGGGACGGUGGGGGUCUUUAUUUUCUCAAACCCUUUCAGACCCCCUCCUCACUUUCUUGCCUUGAGACUUAUUUUUCUCCCCCCCCUGCUUUUUCUUCUGUAGUAUUUACAGUAUCAUGGUGGCAUUAAGCUAAAAUUAUGAGACAGAGCUAGUAGGAAGAUGUCCUGUGUAGGAAAGAAAUUAAAAGUUUCCAUUCCCGUUUCUUUUUCUUCUUUUUGAUUUUUUUCCAUUUUAUGUAACCGGUCAAUGUUUUAAAAACAUUUUCAUGAGUUGGGGUGAAAAUAUUUACCAGAAUUCUAAUAAACAUUUUGUUACAAGACAAACUUUUGAAAAAUUCUCCCCUAAAUCUGUAUUUAAAAAAAAACAAAUAAGCCAAAUCUAAAUGUGAAAUAUGGAAUCAAAUUAGAAAUUCAGGAUCCAGAAAUUCAGACUACGUUGUGCUUAUACUAUAGUAUACUUACGGGCAGCUGGCAUUUUGGAAAUUUACUCAAAAAAUAAAUGGGAAAAGUAAGUAAGUAAAGAAAGAAAGAAAUAAAAAUGCCGAAUGCCAAGAAUUACCUAAAGCUUCAAUAAUAAAUACAGUACAGUUUCAAAUCGCAAUUUUUGGAAAAUCAGCAAAUAUAACCUGUGCAUGGCCAGGAAUAGUCAAUAGCAUUAAAAACGAGCCAUCUGAGUUUGCAAAACAAUUGUAGCACAGUGUAGUUAUAUUCUCCAUUCUUACUCCAACUUGGGUUCUGAACUAAUGUGAAUGCUCUUUAUUCCAAUUAAAUGGAUUUGGGGAACUUUCAGAUUUGGUUUUUAUUGUGCACUUCUCCUGCUUUGUAUCACAGCUCUUUAAGGAGGUCAUUGGCAGAUUUUAAAUUGUGACUGUAUUAAGGGCAAAUGGCUAUUUUAAGAGAGGAAUUCUUUUUUUUUUCAGCUGUCCCUGAAUUUAUAAAAGAAACAUGAGUAUAUUUCAUAACAUAACAUCCCAUCCUAUUCUAUUUUUGACUGUGUCCUUCUAUUGCCAAAAUUAGGGGUUUUUAAAAGCAUUUCUAUAAUUUCUGCUAGCUGGCAAUAUCUCAACAAUUGAAUAUACCCACUAAUCUCAGCUUCUCAUUGGCUCUGUCUCAUGUAAUUUUAGCAGCCCUGACAGAACACUUUAACUCUUAAAUGGGCUAUAUACAAUCCAACUCCUUUCCCAAGGCCUCUGUCCUUUUUGCAAAGGGCCCGGUCCCCUUCCCACACAAGGCUGUCCUCUCUCUCUCUCUCUCUCUCUCUCUCUCUCUCUCUCUCUCUCUCUCUCUCUCUGUGUGUGUGUGUGUGUGUGUGUGUGUGUGUGUGUGAGUGAGAGAGAGAGAGAGAGAGAGAGAGAGAGAGGUUGAGAAGGAAAUCAUGAGUAGAGGGUAGUGAGUUAUUGAUUGAAGAUAGCAGGAAGGAGGGUGUCUCAUAAAACGGAGACAAUUUGGAUUAUAUGGUUGAAGUUGCCAUCUUGACUUUUUUUUUUUUUUUUGACAAGCCUCUCCUUGCCCAGGAUGCCCCUGAAAGGCAGAAGAUUGUGAGGACACCAGGGUUAGGACCUGCUGCUUCAACAUUGUCAACAUUUGAACAAGGGGCAUUGAACAACAUUAGGACCUGCUGCCUCAAUAUUUGAACAAGGGGCAAACUUCACAAAAAUUAGUAACUGGGAUGGAGAGAUGGGAGCCAAAAAAAACCCCUAAGGUUUCAUAACUCAAUGUGCAGCAAGAUAUUCAUCCUUGAUCCUACAUCUUGGAGCCUUGAGGUAGGGUAGGUUAUGGGAAGUCUCCAAAAUCAAUCCUAUUUCUUUUUCCUCCUUCCCAUCCUGUUCGAGUAGAUUCUUUCUCUCGGCUGGGAGGGGAAGCACAAGCUGUAAGGAAAGGCAUAUGUUGGUGUGGACAUAGACUGGAGAGAAUUAGAUGUCAUCCACAUCCCUUCUGCCCCGUUUCCUAGCUGGGUCUGCCCAUCUCUUUUAUGAAUCCAUUCUUAUUGUUUGUAUACACACAUAUGAAAAUGCACACACACACCAUCCUGGUAAUUUCCUCUUCCCUCUGAUAGUCCAUGUUCUGUCAUCCCUGGGAAGGAAUCUAAAUAUAUAUAUUUAGAUCAUAUAUAUAUGAUCACUCAAAUUCUUUUGCUGCCGAGAGCUGAGUGGUUCUGUCUUGAAUACGGAUAAAAUCAUCAACAAGGUCU